ACCUAAAAAAACUCCUAGCAAGUCCCAUAGCCCAAUAUGACAACACAAAUACCAGAAUAUGUUGAGCCUAAGACUCCAAAAAAGAGCAAGGUGGCUGACCAUUUGGAACCAUGGAUACAAUUGGAAGGCAAAGUGGUGUUUGUCACCGGUGCAUCGUCGGGGAUCGGCCGUGAAUUCUGCCUUGACCUAGCUAGGUCAGGUUGCAGAGUCAUUGCGGCCGCUCGCCGGGUGGACCGAUUGAAGUCCCUUUGUCAUGAAAUUAAUACAACGGCUAGUUCAAAUUCACAUCUUGUUAGAGCUGUGGCUAUUGAACUUGAUGUUACUGCUGAUGGUCCAACUAUUGAAGCAUCAGCAAAGAAAGCUUGGGAAGCUUUUGGCCACAUUGAUGCUCUUAUUAACAAUGCUGGUGUUAGAGGUGGAACAAAAUCAGCAUUGGAUAUUUCGGAGGAAGAGUGGUGUAAAACUUAUAAGACGAAUUUGACAGGAGCUUGGCUAGUUUCCAAGUAUAUUGGAAGAUACAUGAAAACUGCAAAUAAGGGAGGUUCCAUUAUUAAUAUUUCAUCUGCUAUUGGUUUGGGUAGAGUAUUAGUGCCUGGGGUUACAGCCUAUAGUUCCUCCAAGGCUGCCAUGGAUUCCAUGACUAAGAUAAUGGCAUUAGAGUUGGGAAAAGAAAACAUUAGAGUGAAUGCAAUAGCUCCAGGGCUUUUCAAAUCAGAGAUUACUGAGAAAUUACUGCAAAAGGAUUGGCUAAAAAAUGUAGCAAAAAGAACUCUUCCACUGAAAGCUUCUGGUACAACAGAUCCAGCAUUAACUUCACUAGUCAGAUAUUUGGUCCAUGAUUCUUCCAAUUAUGUAACUGGCAACAUAUUUAUUGUUGAUGCUGGUUAUACUCUACCUGGAUUCCCCAUAUUUUCUUCUCUAUAAGUUAUGCCACUUGAUGAAGAAUAGUUUAUUAUAUUAGUUAUUGACCAAGUAUUUUUUGUUGUUGUAGUGGUCGUUAGUUUUAUUUAGUGGGAAUAUGGUAUAUGUAUACAUUCUAUAAUAUGUACCUACUCUUGAAAUAGAAUUGCCUUUUAAU